AUGCCGCUUUUAACUGCUAUAAUUACGCUUGCUAUUGCUAGUCCAGCUUUAGCGGGACCAGCCGCCUACGGAGUGUGUCAGGCGGGUUGUUCUGCAGUUGUUAUGGCUUGUUACUCUGCAGCUGGGUUUACUUGGGGUGCGACUCUUGGUGCUUCCGCACCGGCUAGCAUCAUUGCUUGCAAUACUGCCUUUGGUACUUGUCAGGCUGCCUGUGCUGCUGUACUUUUGACCCCGAUGCUUUAG